UUGCGCGUGGCGAGCCUAAACGUAUCAUGCGCACUUGACGCGCAUCGCGCGCUCGAGCACAAAUACGCGCCUGUACAAAUUCGCCGCUUUUGAAGUUUUUCGUCAUUUUUUUUCGAAUCUUCUCUUGUCAAAGACGACGGCGCUAAUUACGACUCGCGUUUAAUUGUCGUAAGUCGAAAAAUUCAUGCUCUAGUAGUUUAAAAUUCCCGCUUCUCGUCGGUGCGACAACGGUCCGAUUCCGCCGUGUUCCAGCCGCACGGAAUACGGAGCGCGCCCCCGGCGAUUUACAAUCAUAAACUGCAGAAUAGCUUUGUAUGUAUGUACGUAGAUAUAUAUAUAUAUAUAUACACUUAUCGCGGGAGCAUGGUUUUAUUAUGAUUUUUGAGCGCCAGGUGGCCGCGUUUUUGUUGUCGAUUUUGCUGUCGGCGGCUCCCUCAGCGCCAUUACAUCGAUAAAUGUCACCGCGGCGACCGUUAGCGUGAACGCCGUCGGAAAAGACCGCGAGAGAGACGGGCAUUGAAUUUCGAACGUUCGCGUCGAGCGAGAUCGCACGAAUUUUCUCGGAAAACGGCUGCGCGGUAUAACGAUGUCGACCAAGCGGAAGACCACGGGCGGCAGCAAGUCGAAGAACCGCGCGAAGUCGCGCAAGGUUGAGUACGACGAGGAGGACAUUUCGAGCGAGCACGAUUCCGAGGUCGACGACGCCGAGGCCGGUUCGAAUGCCGACGGCGACGACGCAGCCGCCGAGGAUGCGCUCGCGGAUGUCGCGAAUAUGCCCGAACUACCGGCUCCGGAGGGUGGCUGGGGCAAACCUGGAACAUUGCUCAUGUGUGGCCUUACAAAUUGGGAAAUGGCAGGUCGCAAAGCACCACCUAAGGGGGUAAAGGCAAAUGUAGGACGUAGCUUGUGGACGCCACACACUUUUAAAAAUUUGAAUAACGCCAGGGUGCGUCUAAUUGCAUCAGGUCCUGCUGCCUCCCACAGCAUUAUUGUUACCGAGGACAAUAGAUGCUUGGCUUUUGGUAGAAAUGACAAAGGUCAAUUGGGUGUUGGAGACGAAAAGCGUCGUGAUGAACCUACCGAGGUCGAAGCCUUAAAGGGGCAUACAGUUAUAGGAGCAGCGUGCGGUCGCAAUCAUACUUUAUUUUUAACGAGUCGCGGCAUAGUUUUUGCCGCUGGCGACAAUAAACUUGGCCAGUGCGGGGUCGGCAAAAAUGACCCAUGUAUUUUGACCGCCACCAAAGUGAAAUAUUCCGGACCGCCGAUCGUGAAAGUGGGAUGCGGCGCAGAGUUCUCAAUGAUUCUGGACAUCAAGGGUGGUCUGCACUCCUUCGGAUGUCCCGAAUACGGUGCUUUGGGUCACAACACCGACGGCAAAUAUUUCGUUACGAACACAAAGAUGGCAUUUCAUUACGAAAAAGUGCCUAAGCGAAUUGUCCUCUAUGUCGAGAGAGGUAAGGACGGUCACGCGACGCCGUUAGAUCGCGUCGAGAUCACAGACUUCAGCUGCGGUCACUAUCACACCGUCGCUAUUGACAGCAAGAACCGCGCGUUCUCUUGGGGAUUCGGUGGGAUCGGCCGUUUGGGUCACAACGAGCAACGCGACGAGCUGGUGCCGCGUCUGAUCAAGUUUCUCGAACCGCCCAAUCGUGGCGUGCGAGCGGUAUACUGCGGCAGCACGUACAGCAUCGCGAUCAACGUGCACGGCACCGCUCUGAUGUUUGGCCAGACCAAGCGCACCGGUGAAGCUAACAUGUAUCCAAAGCCUAUUCAGGAUCUAUCGGGCUGGGAGAUUCGAUGUGUCGGUUGUUCGCAAACAAGUGUCGUGGUCGCCGCUGAUGACUCUGUUAUUGCUUGGGGCGCCAGUCCUACAUUCGGAGAACUGGGUUUCGGCGAGAUGCGAAAGUCAUCAACGACUCCGAUGGAGGUGAAGGCCCUAGAGGGUUUGUAUAUCACUGCCGUGACAUGCGGUUUGUCCCAUACGCUUAUGAUAUGUCGGGACGAUACCGAGGAGGAAAGAGCCAAGAUUAAUAAACUCCAGGUGUACUCUGUUUAAAAAGUAUAAAAAAAAGUAUUUUCUUCGGUUGCGCGAGACAUUUACAUUGCGUCGCACUACACGCGGCUGACUAAAUCGGAGGGAAGGUACUCCUUUCCACGAGUCCACAGCCAGGUUUCGAUGGAAACCCUUAAUGAAAUAUAUUGGAUAAACCAAUAGAUUUUGAAACACAAAACGUCCAGAACAAGUACAGGAUUAGCUAUUACUCUACUUUGUACUUCCAGUUUUUACUUAAUGUGCGAAACGAAAGUCGAUCUGUGUAACCAUUCGAAUCCCGUUCUGUUAGCAGCUCAGGAUAAUAGACCAAACAAGAUAGAUGCAAAAAUAUAUUUUGAUACGUUGCUAUUUUAUUGAGGUUUGCCGUCAUGAGAUUUUCACCAAAAAACAAAACAAAAAAAAAACAUUACGGAAACGGUUAUUCGUACAGAGAAAAGUUGAGUGGGGGUGGAACUGGAAAGAGAACUUCGUAAAAAAACUCUUAGCAUAAUAACUGCCUUUAUUUUUAUCGCUUUCUCAAACAAUUUUAUAUAUUCAGAUAGUUUAUAUCAUUGAUUCAUCACAGUAGUACCUGAAUCAUUACAUCUGCAGGAAUCGUUUUUACAAUUGCGUGCACGGAAAUAUAGUUCCGUGCACGAUCGAGACGAGUGAGCUAUCUCUCAAGUAAUAUUUUAUAAUAGAUAAUAUACGUUUAAUAUCUGUGUACACACAAAGAAAGAUAUAUUUGAUUUGUUUUUCUCCUCUGUGUACAUGAAUUAAACUUCUAUGCAUAUUUUUCUUCGUAGAAAAAUAAAUUUUUUUUUUUUUUAAUAUAAAACUACAGAUAUAGGAGAUAUUCAUUUUCACUUUAUAAUAAUAAUAAUAAAUGUUUUAUGCGCAUAUUAAUACUAAUUUUAAUAAAUUUUAUUGUGCAUUACGUAUAAAAGUGAUACAAGUGAGCUGUGGAAAGUUAAUUUUUUUUUUUUUUUUUUUUUUUUUACCGGAUUAGUAUUCGUUCAUGCGACUGCCUGACAUUACAAAGUAAAUAAAUCGUAUAUAGUACGUGCAUUUCCAAGUAUAAAAUAUUUGGUCGAGUACGUAAUAUAUAAUUAUAGAAACGACUAAAAAAAAAAAAGAAAGUUCGGUACUUUUUGUACUAAAAAAGAAAGUUUUUGAACAACUUUGAUCACUGCCAGAAUGUGUUAAACAUCGUUUUAUUGUGAUGCGUCGGACAUUUUUUCAUUCCAUUCCGUUCCACGUAAUACUCUUGUGCGAUUUCUGCACCGAAAUAUAUUGUUCUGAUAAACUUAAUGCGAAACUAAAUGUACAAGUCCAAAUAUAAAAUAAACGAAUUUUUUAUGAA